UGCAUCUUGUGUUUCUCCUAACUCAUUCAUUGUGCUUAUUAUUAUUAGAAAAUAGGACAAAUAAUGGAGUUGAUUGAUCUCUUCAUGGUGUCAACAACAGCAUUAGGCUUCAUCUUUGUUUUGAAGAAUCUCUUCAAUUUUGUGAAGUGGGUAUGGAGAAUGUUCUUCAGGGCUCCAAAGAAUCUAAGAGACUAUGGUUCAUGGGCCAUAAUCACUGGCUCCACUGAUGGAAUUGGCAAAGCCAUGGCACUUGAAUUGGCAUCUAAGGGUCUCAACCUUCUCUUGCUUGGUAGAAACCCUACAAAGCUUGAAGCCACAUUCAAUGAGAUAAGAGAAAAGAACAAUAAGGUUAGUGUUGAAGUCAAGUGUUUGGUCGUUGACUUUGAGAAAGAAAAUGGAGAGAGAAUAAAAGAAAGGGUUGAGGAAGCAAUAGAGGGUUUGGAUGUUGGAAUUCUUGUAAAUAGUGCUGGAUUGGCAUACCGUUAUGCUAGAUUCUUUCACGAGGUUGAUUCUAAUCUUAUAAAUAGUAUCAUAAAAGUGAAUGUUGAAGGAACUACUUGGAUCACAAAAGCAGUGAUUCAAAAGAUGGUAGACAAGAAGAAAGGAGCAAUUAUUAAUAUGGGUUCUGGUUCCACUGUUGUCCUUCCUUCUUAUCCUUUGGUUACCCUCUAUGCCGCCACCAAAGCAUAUCUUGCAAUGUUGUCAAGAAGCAUCAGUUUGGAAUAUAAGCAACAAGGAAUUGACAUCCAGUGUCAGGCUCCAUUAUUUGUGUCAACUAAGAUGACAAAGAUGGGAAGUUCAGUGUUUGUUCCAACGGCAGAGAAGUAUAUAAAAUCAUGCACAAGAUGGAUUGGGUAUGAAAGUGUGGUUGAGCCCUAUUUGCUCCAUUCUCUGCAAGGUUUUUUCAUAAGAGCAAUUCCUGACCCACUUGUUGAUUCUUAUUUGCUUCGUUAUUUUCUAUAUUGGCGCAAAAGAGGGCUCCUCAAGGACUCCAACACUUCCAACAAUUUACCACCAUCAUCUUAAUUAACUCAUAAGAAGGAGAGUCUUGGAAUGAAUGAAUUGUUUACGUAUGAUUUUAAUUUUUAAGGUUACGUGUUCAAACUGUGAAAACAAUUAUAUAAUUAUUAUAUUUAAGUUAUAUAGUUACGUAUAUUAUUAUAUUUUUUGUGUGUAA